AUGAUAAUGACAUUCGACAGCCUAGAUUAAGCCAUCUACUUCAUUUUAUUCUCUAUAACAGUAAUUAACGAAUUCUUCUUACUUCCUCUGCACCUACAACUACGACGAUAAGCGACCACGCCCCUCGUUCCAAGAUGAAUCUGACACGCAAUCUUGUGCUCAUGGUCGUCAUGCGUCGUUUUUUCUGUUUUGUCAGGGGACUACAAAGACAAGGAUGGUGUCAAGGGCCUGUGCGUCGUGGGCGCCAUCAACAACUGUACCUCCCAGCUCCCCACCUAUGGGAGAUCUUCUCCCCCAUAAUGUAAUGUCGCUACUCUGGUACUCAUAUGUGCAUGCUCCAAUUCU